CACUCUCGUUCAAAGUCGACUCAGUUCCCGGCGAGUUCGACUCAGAGAUAAUUUUUUUCCCUAAGAAAAAAAACAAAAGGAUCCUUGAAGCAAGCGAGAUGGCGAGCGAGCUGAUAAACCGGAGACACGAGGCGGACCAACCAGCCGCGGAUGCGUACUACCCGAAACCAAUCAAACCGUGGUUCUCCGUGACACGCCCGAUGCGCUACAUGCUCCGCGAACAGAGACUCCUCUUCGUCCUCGUCGGCAUUGCGAUCGCGACGGUCGUUUUCACGAUCUUCCCGCGCUCCACGCAAUCCACCCCUUACUCGGAUCCCUUCUCCGCCUACGGGAUCAGGCCCGACGAGUCGCACGUUCCGGCCUUCCAGGCCCAGAGGAAGCCCAGCCUCGAGUACCUGAACCGGAUGGGAGCGUUUUCCGGCGGGAAAAUCCCGCUCGGGCUGAAACGCAAGGGGCUGAGAGUGGUGGUGACCGGCGGCGCCGGUUUCGUGGGAUCGCAUCUGGUCGAUCGGCUGAUGGCGAGGGGAGACACUGUGAUCGUCGUCGACAAUUUCUUCACGGGGCGUAAAGAGAACGUGAUGCAUCAUUUCGGGAACCCUAACUUCGAGCUCAUACGACACGACGUCGUCGAGCCGAUCCUUCUUGAGGUUGAUCAGAUCUAUCAUUUGGCAUGCCCUGCUUCCCCUGUUCACUACAAGUUCAACCCCGUCAAGACUAUCAAGACCAAUGUGGUCGGAACGUUGAACAUGCUUGGGUUGGCGAAGAGAGUCGGUGCCAGGUUUCUCCUGACGAGUACCAGUGAGGUUUACGGUGAUCCUCUCCAGCAUCCUCAGGUUGAGACUUACUGGGGCAACGUUAAUCCCAUCGGUGUUCGUAGUUGCUAUGAUGAAGGAAAGCGUACGGCAGAGACGCUUGCCAUGGACUAUCACCGUGGAGCCAACGUUGAGGUCAGGAUUGCUAGGAUCUUCAACACCUAUGGUCCAAGAAUGUGUAUUGAUGAUGGACGUGUUGUCAGCAACUUCGUUGCGCAGGCACUAAGGAAAGAACCUUUGACUGUUUAUGGUGAUGGGAAGCAGACACGAAGUUUCCAGUUUGUUUCUGACCUGGUCGAAGGUCUGAUGAGGUUGAUGGAAGGAGAACAUGUCGGGCCAUUUAACCUCGGUAACCCUGGUGAAUUCACCAUGCUCGAGCUCGCUAAGGUGGUGCAAGAGACUAUUGAUCCAAACGCAAACAUAGAGUUCAGACCAAACACAGAAGAUGACCCUCACAAGAGAAAGCCUGACAUCACAAAGGCCAAGGAGCUUCUUGGUUGGGAACCAAAGGUGUCUCUUCGUCAGGGACUCCCUCUCAUGGUCAAAGACUUCCGUCAACGUGUAUUUGGUGACCAGAAGGAAGGCUCCUCCAUGGCUACAACAACCUCAGCUUGAGCAAACGCAGAUGCAAGUAGCAGUCAUUGCGGUUGUUUAAAGGUUUAUAUCCAAAAAGACAAAGGCGUUGCUUGCAGCUACAAUGUUGAGAGGAGAUAGCUUCGUUUUCUAAAAUUUAUUUUGUUUUUGGUUUUUCUAUUAUGAUAUUAUAUUCUGUGUAACUUAGAGUUAAGAGUUUGGUACCUUUACUACUUAUUCAUGGACCUCACUACAGUUUAAGAAAACUCUUCUGUCUUUUGCAAUUAUAAAGUUUUAGUAGCAA